AUGAGGAACCUAUUAUUAUUUGCUGCAGCAGUGUGCUGUUUCCAUUUAGCUUUAGGUCAGACACAAUCAAAGUUACCUAACAUUAAGUGGCAGGCCAACCUAGGUGGCGCUGGUAUCGGACUUCCUAUCUCCUUCAACAUCCCGGUCAUUACACCGCGAAGUAAAGCAAAGUUAGCAAGUUAUAUGGUGAACACAACAAAUGAAAAACAAACUGCUCAUGAUCAACAGCAAAACAGCACUGACUCCGCAAAGGCAUCCCCUUCUCUCAUUCAAAAUUCUAAAAACAACGAAGUUGGAGUAAGGGUGAAUACAAAGUCAUCUGAAAUUAGAAGAAUGGAUACAAGUUUGAAUCUUUCUAACGAGCGUCAGAAGAUGUCCACCUCACUGGAUGAUAGAUCCUCCAAUGAUACAAAAUUUCAGGAACUAUCUCGUCUGAUGCCACCGCCAAUUUAUUCUUCGAACACCCAGGAGAGGUUUGCCGGGGAAUCCACAGAAAUUCCAAUGCACUUGCUUCGGGCUGGCAAAAAUAUCGUGACGAAGACCAUAACAAAGAGACAGAAAGAAAAUGGCGUCACGGAGAUCCACAUAACAACGGUAACUAGGAAACUUGUGGGUAACGUUCCUAGUCCAGACUCCUCGAAUAGAACAGUGGUCCUCCGCACUGUUAAGAAAGGGGUCUCCCCGCUCUCUAGUUCAGAUAUUAGCCCUCGCCCUUCUGUUGAUCUUUCCUUUCCUUUAGUGGAAAGCGCUUCCAGCAAUUUGAAUUCUAGUAGUUUCAAGGAUAAAAUGGACACAAACAAUGCAGUAUCCAAUCAAAUUCGUAAGUUGCUACCUCAGUCUAUUUCAAUAAGGACUAAUUAUAGAGAAUUAGAUACCUUAAAUCCUACACGUAUAUCAAAAAUAAGCACAUCGUAUAGAGAGAUAUCGGAUGUAGAUCUAAAUAGCGCAAGCAGAGCUCUUCCAUCAAUAAUAACUAGCGCAAAAGCUUCUUCUUCAGAUUCGAGAUCUUCCAGUGACCAAAUGUCUUCAGUGGGUAGACAGAGUUUUCCCCCAGCUCCAACUAGAGAUGAAAUUGUGGUGAAGAAAGGAAAAGUGACUCCAUCACCACGUGUUACUCUCCCAGCAAACUUUCGCCGGAAGAUUGCAAUAAGGGGGCAAGGUAUAGGAGACUCCAUUCAGAUACCAAUUGGCAACGCUAGAGAUAAAUCUCCAAACGACAACCAACCUGUCACUGUUCAGAACAGUGAAGUUUCUGAUAAACAAACCAAUAUAGCAACAGAUAGUGCCGAUACCACUCGUGCAAAUAACUUAAGAGCUAUACAUGGAAAAUCUAGUAAGGCAUCCGUUAUCGAUGUCAGUAAAGACAAAGGCAUGGUGAAAGCAGUAACUACAGAUGUAAGGAAAAGUGUAAUCGAAAAUAUGCCGACACCUCUUAUCCAAACGGUAAAGAAUAUUGAAGUAAAACAAGGAAUUGAAGUCCAAGAUUCCUCUAAUAUAAAUGUACAGACGCAGCGUAAGGUUAUAAACAAACAGCAAACAAAAGUGAACACAGCCAUAAAAGAAGCUGUUACGACUACAAAGACCCAGUCAGCUGAUCCUAGUCCUCCGACAGAAAAAUUCAGUGACGCUAGUAUCAAGUCCCGCGAACCAAUUUCAAAAAUAAGGAUAGAAAUUCCUCCUGUACAGGAAGCAGAAAAAAGGAUAGAAACGAGAAAAGUAAUUCCAACCCCAACACGAGAAAUCAUAAAUAGAAGCCAGCGCAAUAGACUAGACUUUUCCUUAACUCAUCCAAGUGGCAGCAGUAGGUCUGAGAGCAGAAGGCGAAAACCUCCAAGACCAAGAAAAAGAGUACAAUCAAAAGAACAGAAAACAAAAGUCGUAAAAGAAGAGAUGCCAUCUCCAUUACCAGAAGUUCUCAAUAUUCCAGCUAAUGUUGACCAACAGAUUCCCAAAGCAUCUAAAGUUCUCUUAUCUAAGCUCGUAAAGACUGCGGUAGAAAGCGAAUACAGCACACCAGGCAAUCAAGAAGAAAUGCAGGCAAAACAAUUGCAAAUCUACAAUGAACUUCUUGCUUCCCUUAAAGAAGCUGUUUCUGGAAGUUCUAGAAGUGAGAUCCAGCAAGUCAGCCGAUCCGUAGAGAAAAGUAAAACAAUUAAAGAUCAAAAAGUUAGAGAGAUGAAAGACAUUAUCCUUAGACCUGGUAUAAAGAAAAAAGUAUCAACUAAAACUGUUUCCGAAAAAUCUCAGCUAAUAUCCAGGAGAGGAAAGGGCGGAGGACAAGAAAAAGGAACAGGAACUUCAAUAGUAGAACCAGGAGGAAGAGAUCAAAUCAUUAACAUAGCUAUUAAUACGCCUAUCAAAUCCACCACCGGACCCGUAACUGAAGAAGUUCAGGACGUUUUCCAGGCUUCACGACUAAAAGCUGAAGAAUCGCUGAAAAAACUGGCCAAUCAGAAAAAAGCUGAUGCAAGAGUAGCACAAAUUAAAAGCACUUCAUCAACGUUGGAGAUAAACAGACGACCAAGCAGACAGAAUACUAUAUCUGCAUCCAUUCAAAUUGAUAAAUCAGCACAAACAUCAAAACAAAAAACACGAAAAGACUCGAUUCCAACUAUCAACCUAUUGACAGAUGUUAGACCUCUUGAAGUGUCGCCGACGGAAAAACUAGCGUCUAAUAUUAAUCAAGAAAAGAGUCAUUCCCGAACUAAAACCGUCGAUUUUGUUUCACACGAGUCUCAUCAAUCAGCUCACACAAUGACAGAACCGUAUAUUGAUUUUGCUCAUCAUAAAAAUGACUGGGAACCAGUGCCCAUUAAUGAGGGCCCUGUAAGAGCAGACCAUCCGAGGUGGAUGGAACAUGGUCAUGAAAUCGGUCAUGGAGCAAUGUCACAUAGUCCAAGUCAUGCUCUUCACACGUCCCAACAUGCCCAAAGCUUUGUUGGCAUUGCCCCUCAAGGUAGCACACAAGUACAGAGCCAUCAGUCAAUUUCAACUACCAAUCAAAAACAAUCAAAUGAUCAAUGGGUGGUAGUACCGUCAACGGCACGCCCCUCUUCUUGGGAGGACACGCCCCAAUCAUCUCGAACUGGAGGUCGCUGGACAGUUGUUCCAUCUCAAUCAAACUCUAAAGAUACACUUGCACUUGUCCAACAUUCUUUGGCCCCGUUGACUGGCACGGCCAGAUUACAUGCUGAAAUGAUACACAAACAGAAAAAGGCUUCGCCUUCCAGGUCGUCUUCACCAAGUCUGUCUUUGACUUCUUCAAGAACCCGUGAUGCAACUUUAUCUGGCUUGGGUCAAGGUCAAGGGUUAUCUGAUUCUUACGCUUCAGCGAAACAAACCUCUCAAUCUAGUGGAAGUGGAAUGCCAGACAAUGCUAUGAGAGCUUUCUUGGCUGUUCUUUCACCACAACAAAAACUCCAAUUACAGGGACUUCUGGGAGGUGGUGGAGCCAAUGCUUUCCAGGCACCACCAAGGAGGCGCCCCACCACAACCACGACUACCACCACGACUACGACAACGACCCCAGCACCAACUGUCCAAUCACAGCCCGACUUCACUGCACUUGCGCAGAAGAUGAUGCAAAGUCUAAACUCUAAGAACUCCCCGUCACCGGAUCAGCUCCAACAGAUGAUGGGAAUGGGUUCUGGUGGAAACGCCUUUAGUCAGUUAAUGGCAUCCAUGGGCGGCGGAAAUGGAGGAGGAGAGUCUGGCAGUAGCGGAAGCAGUGGAAGGCCAAGUCGAUUCAAUGACCCAAUGAGUAUGGGUAUGGCUGGAAUGAACCCAAUGAUGCGCAGAAUGAUGAUGAGAAAUAUGCGCAUGGGCAAUACCGCUACUGAUCCCGGGGAGGUCCCUGAACAGCCUACACCAGGAGAGUCAGGAAUGGGAAUGAACCCACUUAUGCUGAUGGCUAUGGGAGGUGCCGGGGGAGGAUCUGGUGGUGGCGGACUGGCCAGUCUUCUGUCUGGAGGACUCGGGGGAGGAAGCGGGGGCGGACUUGCGUCACUACUUGGCGGAGGGGGCGGUGAUAUGAUGUCAGCUCUAGGAGGUGGUGGAGGAAUGGACAUGGCUGCCAUGGCACAGGCAAUGGGCAUGCUCGGCGGAGGAGGAGGCAAUCCUGGCCCUGACCCACCAUCAGCCUCAACAAGUGAAGCUUCAUCUACGUCAUCCUCGUCUUCCUCUGGAAAAUCAAAUAAAGGAGUACAAUAUACAACACUUGAAUCAACAGCCUCCAAGUCUUCAUCUUCUAAGUCCAGUAGUACCGGAACUGGAAAUGCUGAGACAGCUCCACCACAAGAAUCAGGUGGCAUGGAUUCUAUGAUGGGCGGAUUAAUGGGGGGAAUGAAUCCCUUGGCAGCAGCCAUGAUGGCCGGAGGAGGGGGUGGUGGCGCCCUGGCCAGCAUGAUGGGUAUGGGAGGAGGAAUGGGGGGUCUCGGAGCUCUGGCAGCUUUAGGAGGAGAUUUACCAGAUAUGCCUUCAAGGGGAGGAAUGAUGGGCGGUCGAGGAGGUAUGGGUGCCAUGGGCAUGAAUCCAAUGGCUGCCUUAAUGGGAGGCAUGGUUAAAAGGUCCACACUAAAUACUCAAACCAGUGAUUCGGGACGAUCUCGGAGACGGAAUACAGACUUCACCGUAGGCGGAAGAAAGGACCCGGUUCCUGUUGAUUUGUUUUCUGCUUCCUUCACACCUGUUAAGAGCCAUAUUACCGGAAGUUCUGUAGCGAUAGGACGAGGAGGAGCUGUGACGGACACGGCGUCUCAGAAGGCAAUCCCCCCACCAGACCCCUUCAGAACCUCACGAUUACCAACAAAAUCUACAAUAGAAAAAAUCCAAUAUCAAGAACCAGCUAAUUCGAAAUCAGUGAUGAAUUCGCCACUUCAAGUUAGCUUCCAGCAGAAAACUGCACAGUCAGCUACAAAUGCGCUAGAAAAAGUACUCCCUCCUGUCCCUGUUAAUAGCAAGGCCGCGGCGACGUCACCUUGGAAUAACCAGGCCACAGUUCAGAACACCUUAAACGUAUGGCCAGGCGUCAACAACAUGGCUGUUACAACAACAGCGCCACCGACGAUCACCACCACGCCACCUAUUGCCACCACAGCAGACUCCUUUUUUGGACUAACACCAAAUAACGCUGCCGGACAAUUGUCUCACAUGGGAUUCUUGAUGAAUCCAAUGCCUACCCAGAUUCAGGCGGGCUUUGGUGCCGACAGCAUGAACAACAUGUUUGGAAUGGGUGGGAUCAAUGGAAUGGGACUAGGUACAGACCCAAUUCCUACUUCAGGAUUUUCUGAUCACACCUCAAUGAUGGGCGGAACCGGAAAUAUGGGAGGCCAAGCAUCCAUGAUGGGCGGAACCGGAAAUAUGGGAGGUCAAGCAUCCAUGCUGGGCGGAACCGGAAGUAUGGGUGCUCCAGCUUCUUCCGGUGGAGCAAAUUCGUUUAAUCAGAUGCUAAAUAGCGGAGCUAACACAGACAUGCUUUUCGCCAGCAUUGGUCUUAUACCAGAUCAAAUAGCUGACAUAAUGGGAGGAACUUCACGCAUGGCAUCCUCCAUGCCAAUGGACAUCAAAAUGAAGGCUAUUCAGAUGAGGCAAGCUGGAAUGACACCUGAUCAAAUUGCUGACAACCUUGGUGAUGUCAUGCAGGCAAGAAGAGCACAGAUGAAAAUGGCUUCAAGAAUGUCAUUAAUGGGUUCCAUGGGGUCACUAGGAGCAUCCAACAGAGCAUUGCCAGGAAUGAAGUAGAACCGUAAUUAACAUAUCAUUGUCUAUCCAGUUCUCGCAUCAUGCUGCAAAUAGACACAUCAUCAGGCGAUAGGGGGCGUGUCAAAAUAAUGACAAAAAGGGCAGAUAACCCAUGUUAUCCCUUGGAAUAAUUUUAAACAUGGCAUCAAUGGUGAAUAGUGAAUAUAUAUGUAAGACUAUGUAAAAGUACUUCAAUGUUUUUUGUACUCCGAUUCGAACCGUAUCGGUUUGUCAUGCAUUAUAAUUGUCAGCUAAAUAUAAACGCAAUAUGUCCAAAUCAAUUAAUACGAGUUUUUCCCUGUCAAUGUUUAGCCUGGACUAUAACAGUGUCGGUCUUCAUUCGUUUGAUAAGAGAGUAUUUUUUAUGUGUUGAAUGUCAUUCCUUUUUAUAAUAAAACAUUGUAAAUCA